CUGAUUGGUUCAAAGUUUGUCGCUUUUGUUUUGCUGGAGUUUGAGCGUCAGCGUGAUAAACGAGAAGCCUGAGAGCGCACACAUCAGGAGACGUCAGGACGAGCCAGUGAGAGCAGAAAGCAUCGGGAAGACACUCUGUCCACUUCUCACAGAAUCAGAAGAGCUGAACCGGAGCCAUGUUCGCUGCGUGCUUGGAGUUCCUAGGCUUGGCGCUGUGCGUCACGGGCUCUCUGUUGGUGAUGGUCGCCUGCGGGCUGCCCAUGUGGAAGGUGAGCGCUUUCAUCGAUUCCAACAUCCUGGUGGCUCAGUCCAUCUGGGAGGGCCUUUGGAUGUCCUGCGUGGUGCAGAGUACCGGUCAGAUGCAGUGCAAAAUACACGACUCGAUGCUGGCCCUGGAGCAGGACCAUCAGACCGCCCGCGCCCUAACGGUCAUCUCCGCCAUCCUGGGGAUCCUCGCCCUUGCGGUCACGGUGGCCGGGGCGCAGUGCACCAACUGCAUCAAGGAUGAGACCCUAAAGGCGAGAGUGGUACACGCCGGGGGGGUCCUCUAUAUCAUCAGCGGACUCUUCGCGCUCGUCCCGCUCUGCUGGAUGGCCCACAGCAUCAUCGUGGACUUCAACAACCCCAACGUGCCUCCCUCUAAGAAGAAGGAGAUCGGGACGGCGAUCUAUGUCGGCUGGGCCGCCACCGCGCUGCUGCUGCUCGGCGGGACCCUGCUGUGCUGCUCCUUCUCCCGGAUGGUCAGAGGCCAGUAUUCCGGUAAAUACGCUCCCACCAAGACGAUCUCAGUCAACGGGGACUUCGACAAGAACCUUUAUGUAUAAACUGGAAGUCCAUUUUAUGCAGAGACUUUGUUUUUGUAGCAGUUUUGCCGAAAGAUGUGGUGCCUCUUCAUAUUUACCCUUUCAUGCAUGAAUUAUGAGAACCUCAGUCAAGCUUUUUUUUCCUGAAUGUUUUUAUUCCUCUUUAAGCAUGAAAAAAAACCUGAAACUUUGUUUAUGAACUGAUUUUUCAUGGAGUUACAAACAUGUCCACUCAGGUGCGUGUGACUUUGAACCAGAGAAAUAUGUAUUUAACAGAAAAUGAUAGUGCAUCCUCAGAUCCACCGUCACUACUAACAGCACCGACUAAUCCUGAUAAUUAUAUUCAAAUAAAUAAAAUAAAAACAGCUCCCCAUGACUGAGCAAUAAAUAGGUAGCAGUGGACGGGAUGAUGCACGGGCACCCACCGUGUUGGCUGAUAUGCAACUAUAACAACAAAACACGCAUAUACAAGAAAAGUGACCGCUCUGCAUGAAAGGGUUAAUGAGCGCACUGAUGGUUAAACUGUGACUCAAGAGCACGAACGUGUAAAAUAUGAGUUACUCAUCUGAAUGUCCUGUAGGAUUUGUCAAGUAGCGGAAGUAUUUAUCAGCUCUCACCUAAAAGUUUAAGAUUGAACAGUGUUAAAUUUGUUGGCACGAGCCUUUAAGAAGCAGGCUGUAAUCACGUGGCUGUCCGGGCUGAGGGGAGCGCAGAGCCUCGGCCUCUGAAGAGCUGCAGCGUAAAUAGUUUUCUGUCUCAGCCACUGUGAGCUCGGUUCACACAGUAAACACGCAGCAGACACGCUGUUCAGAGCCUGCGCACUCACGUCUGAUCAAAGGGGGCAAUCUGCAUUUGAAACCAAGUAGUGUUUUUUGUUUCUUAUGUUUUCAAGUCUUUUAAUACAGAGUACUUUUUCUAAUAAAGAAGGAAAAAACACUUGUCUGCCUUUUUUUUUUUUAAAUA